AUGGGGACCUGGAGUGGUGAAGUGCUCUUCGUUGCAAACGAAGGAAGACAAAGAAUACAGGUAAAGAAGACAUUUGUUCUCUUUCCCCUCGCCCUGGAGCUGCUGGCGGCAAAGAAGACGCGCGCGCUCUACGCUACCAAGUUGCUGAUCGAGUUGCCGCUCGUGGGGCUGUGCGCGCUCAACGCGUGGGCGCACUGGGGCGACUGCGUGCGCGCGAGCGCGGAGCCCGAGGACGUCCUUUACGCGCUCUUGUUCGCUUGGUUUGCGGGAGGCGAACUCUUCAAGCUCUGCUGGGGAGACAUGGUCAAGCUCGAGAGGGCGGCCAGAGACUGCUUCAAGCUGUACAGGGCCCUUCCAUCCGAUGAGGCGGGGCCGCACCUCGGGUGGGACUCGGAGGACGAGGCAUCUCUCGCGGAACAACACGAGCUUGUGAAGCAGGACUUUCUGUGGGGACUUGCCUUUGGGUUCAUACUGUUCACGGGGCUGGCAGUGUCGAAUCGCGUCUCUCCCAACCCUUCCGAUGACAAACUGUGGGGCCACGCCCUUUUCCUCAGCUUGUCCGUCUACUUUGUUGGAGAAUUUAUGUUCGGCAUGUGCACGUGCCUAGCUCUGGAGGGAAGAAAGUGGGCGGUUCGGAAGUGGGGCAGUUAA